GUUGGCCAUCGUCUAUAUAUUCAAGAGCAUACUGAAUCAACGAAUCUCAGGCAUUUCCAUUGGCAUUUUGUCACUGAUAAUUUUCUCUCUCUAAGGGGUGUUCUGAGAUCACAAAGCAGUUUCAAAAUGGUGAAGGCAGUGGCAGUUUUGAGCAGCAGCGAGGGUGUUAAAGGAACUAUCAACUUUGCACAGGAAGGAGAUGGACCGACCAAUGUGAGUGGAAAUGUUUCUGGUCUUAAGCCUGGUCUCCAUGGUUUCCACGUUCAUGCUCUUGGGGACACUACCAAUGGUUGCAUGUCAACUGGCCCACAUUUCAAUCCUGCUGGUAAGGAGCAUGGUGCGCCGGAGGACGAACACCGUCAUGCUGGCGAUCUAGGAAACAUUACUGUUGGAGCUGACGGAACUGCCAACUUCACAAUUGUGGACAACCAGAUUCCUCUAACUGGACCAAACUCGAUCAUUGGAAGGGCUGUUGUUGUCCAUGCAGAUCCCGAUGAUCUCGGAAAGGGUGGCCAUGAACUCAGCAAGUCAACUGGAAAUGCUGGUGGACGAGUUGCUUGUGGUAUCAUCGGUCUUCAGGGCUAAAAGAGAUCAUUCCCGAGCAAGUGAAUAAAAAAGAUGGAAUCUUGUUAAGUGUGGUGUGUUGAUCUGUGGAUCUAUCCAUUGAAAUGUGAACACUUUCUGCAGGACAUGAACAACAUGGACAUUUUAUUAUGGGUUAAUGAAUAACAGACAAAUGUCUUUACGAUUCUAUUUGAGUCAUUUUAUUUGAUCAUUUUA